AGGGGGCAGGCAACAAAUCAGGCUUUUUAUAAGAGCAAAAACCCGACUUGUGCAAUGUAAAUAACCCAAAGAGGAGGGAUACACAUUUAGGAUUAUCAACAGGUAGGGUUUUGAUUGAUCUUGUGAUCGGCUCUGUGUCUGUCUCUCUCUCUUUUUCGAUCUCCGUUUUUUUUGGCCUUGUCUUGUGUGGUGGCUGGCAUUUCAUAGCGAGGGACUUGGGAAUAAUUCGAGUCUAAUGGACGAACACGGAUUUGUCACAAUGUUGUGCUGUAUCCAGAGAAUUUGGAUAUAACGACGGUGGUUUUAAACUCCAGUAUUUUUUUUUUUAUUUUUUUGUUUUUUUUUUUAUUUUUUAUUUUUCACCGGAAUCUAUCGGAUUCAGACGCGCGUAAAAUACUCGCCUGACAAUCGGAGGACGCAUUGAAACGCGGAUUUUUUUCUUUAGGUGUGAUGAGACAAAGGAACAAAGGAUGCCUUAGAGGAGAGGUCGCCUGCACGUCUGGAAACCUCUUCAAAGCACACCGCCAAAUGGAUCUAACGCCUCCCCCUGCCACCUCUAGAUCAUGAUACUUGGCUGAAGCUAUCCCGCUAUCUAUAUGAUCCCUCCUCCAUCUAUGGCGAACUAUAGCCAUGCAGGGGACCACACCAUCUUGCAGAAUGUCUCUCCUCUCGCCACGUUCCUCAAACUGACCUCGCUGGGUUUCAUCAUUGGCGUUGGUGUGGUUGGAAACCUCCUGAUCUCCAUCCUGCUGGUCAAAGACAAGAGCUUGCACCGGGCGCCCUACUACUUCCUGUUGGAUUUAUGCGCUUCUGAUAUCCUGCGCUCCGCCAUCUGCUUCCCCUUCGUCUUCACCUCGGUCAAGAAUGGAUCCGCGUGGACGUACGGGACGCUGACCUGCAAAGUCAUCGCCUUCCUGGGUGUGCUCUCCUGUUUCCACACGGCGUUUAUGCUAUUCUGCGUCAGCGUCACGCGCUACCUUGCCAUCGCACAUCACCGUUUUUACACCAAGAGGCUGACCUUCUGGACCUGUUUGGCUGUCAUCUGCAUGGUUUGGACGUUGUCGGUGGCGAUGGCGUUCCCGCCGGUGCUGGACGUAGGGACGUACUCGUUUAUCCGAGAGGAGGACCAGUGCACGUUCCAGCACCGCUCCUUCAGGGCGAACGAUUCGUUGGGAUUCAUGCUCCUUCUGGCGCUCAUCCUCCUCGCCACACAGCUGGUUUACCUCAAGCUCAUAUUCUUCGUCCACGACCGCCGAAAAAUGAAGCCGGUCCAGUUCGUGCCGGCGGUCAGCCAGAACUGGACCUUCCACGGGCCAGGCGCGAGCGGGCAGGCGGCGGCAAACUGGCUGGCUGGGUUCGGUCGAGGUCCGACUCCGCCUACCUUGCUGGGAAUCCGACAGAACAGCAACGCCGCGGGUCGCAGGCGUCUUUUGGUGUUGGAUGAGUUCAAAACAGAGAAGAGGAUUAGUAGGAUGUUCUACAUCAUGACGUUUUUCUUCCUGGCGCUCUGGGGGCCCUAUCUGGUCGCCUGCUACUGGCGGGUGUUUGCAAGGGGCCCUGUGGUCCCUGGGGGCUACCUGACGGCGGCCGUGUGGAUGAGCUUCGCCCAGGCUGGAGUCAAUCCUUUCAUCUGCAUCUUCUCCAACAGGGAGCUCCGGCGCUGCUUCAGCACCACGCUCCUCUACUGCAGAAAAUCCAGGUUACCCCGGGAACCCUACUGCGUUAUAUGAAGGUUUUGCUGUGGGUUUUUUCUCAUCUAUGUCUCUAUUUCCCUGAUUGAUCUUGAUCGGGGCAUGCUCCCGUUGUACAGCGCACUCUCUCUUCUAUCUCUUCUCUUCAUCCUCCAGUUUUUUCCUCCCUUCUUUUCAGAGGUAGAAGGUGGACGGCGAAUCACGAGGGUGGUUUAACAUGAAACGUCUCAAACGUGGAGGCUGAAGGGAAUGAGGAUGCGCAGGAGGUCUGGAUCCCUCCUGUGUUUAUGUUUUAGUAAACAAGACGUUGUGGAAGGCCAUGCCAAUGCAGAGAAGCAAAAAUUGAAAAAAAAAAAAUAGGAAAAGAAUUGACAAAACAAUGAAAACAGAAUCUUUCUUUGGUGUGAAAUACAAAAAAAACGAAAAGAAAAAUGAACAAAAACAAAGAAAUGAUACCUCUCAAGGAAUCACUGGAAAUGUUUUACAUUUAAAGAGUUGCACUAAAAAGAUGUAAAGAUGCUUUUUUUGGUUGCAUUGCAAGGACAACUUUUUCCUUUUUCCAAACUUAACAAUGAAUGCUUUAAUUUGCAACAGACUACACAAUCGCUGUAAGUAAAAGCAAAACUUGGUGACUGUUGGAAUACACCACCACAAAA